GCGAGCGAGAGAAAGAUGGGUAAGAGAACCCCCAAAUCUGACGAUAUGAACAAAGAUAAGUCUUGCAAGCUUGAAAGGUCAGCUGCUUCACCAAAAAGAGCCAAAUCAAGUGGCAAGAUGGCAACAGAAGUGACUGAGACAGCUUCAAGAAAGAAAAAGUUAGCAAACUCAAAAACUGUCUUGAGGCGAUCUCAACGCAUUCAGAAAGAGAUUUCGUGUACUCAAUUCAAGGAUAUCGAGCCUGUGACUGAAAACAUAGAUUUAAGUGGAAGUGAUGAAGAGGAUCACCAAGAUGAAGAAAGACACCACCCUAUGGAGGAGAAAAAGAUGCAGGAGGAAGACUCGGGUAUUUGGAACUUGGAAGGAAAAAUCGAUUAUCUGACUUUGCUUUUAGAAGCUCAAGAAAAAUAUCAUGAAGCUAAGUCCAUGCAGGGAGCUGAUACGGGCUUUAAAUCCCAGAAUCUGUGUUAUGCUGACUUCAAAGCACAGGAGAAAAGGGAUAAGUACAAGCUCAUGUACAUAGACUCUCAAAAAAAGAUUGAGAGCUUGCGAGAGGAGAAUCAUCAACUAACUAUGAAGUUAGAAAAUGCUCUUGGCAAGCUUCAAGCAUAUGAAAAGGGACACACUGUCUUCUCUGAAACAAUUGAAAAGCUAAAGGAUGCAAUGCUGAUAUCUACUAUUACAAAAACAACUGAAAUGAUGCUUGGUAUUUCAUCUCCUGGGGCAAACAAUUGUGAUUGUACUUCUCCUACUGUUGCUGAAGCCAAAUCUCCGGUAGCUAAAAAAAUGAAGACUUCAAAAUCUAGUGGAAGGAAAUGACUGACCAUCACUAAUCCCAUGAAAGAUGAAACUGUGUCUGUCUACUUUCAGUGUGUUAUGAGUUAGUAGUUAGGAUGAACUAAUUUGGUUUGUUUGUACAGCUAUGCUAUAUUAGAGACUCUUAAAACUGUGAAGUCAAAAUCUUUAUCUUUAUGCUUUCC